GCCGCCGAGGCGCUGGGCCGGCAGGACUGCUGGCCGGAGACGCGAGUGGCGCUGAGCUUCGCGUGCGGGCUCGGCGGCGUGGCGGUGCUGGUCGGCUUCGUCCUGGGAACGUGCUGCGCGAGCUGUCUGGUGAACUACGGGGCCGCGGAGUGGCACUGGAGAAUAGUGCUCGCCGGACUGGUGUCCUCGGACUCCCGGGCCCUCAUCCUGACGCCGGAUGGUGACAUGUACAUUGAGGACUUCAAUGACGCCGUCGCCGUGCGUUGGUUGGGCUCGAACAGCGAGGUGCCUGAGGGCGUGCCGCGGAACCUGAUCUAUCACUUCGGUCAGUUCCCGUCGGCGUCUACGCUGCGCAGACUGAUGCAGGAGGGUGCCUACACCGCUGGGCUGGAGGAUCAGCGCCGCGGGUACGGCAUCGCCGUGUGGGGAGCUGGAGGUGCCGCUGGCGCCCCGGGCGGCGCUGCCGCCGGGCCG